AUGUCGGGGGCUGCAACACUGACACCAGGAGACGAGGCCCGUGCUAUUCCUGGGAAUACGCCUGCACCGUCUUCGCCUAUGCCGGGUGCUUCCCAGGAUGCACAAGCAAUCCUCGCGCAGAAUCGGCGCGUGAGCACUACCUUUAUGGUGGAGAAGACACAGCGCGAAGCUAGUAAGAAUUGGGACAAGUUCUACAAAGCACAUGAAGAUCGGUUCUUCAAAGACCGGCACUGGACCGACCGCGAAUUCGAUGAGUUGAGGCAGGAUGCGCCGGACCUUGUUGGAGCCGGGGACGACGCACCUGUCCUCCUUGAAGUUGGAUGCGGUGUGGGGAAUACCGUGUACCCCCUCCUGGAAAAAAACGAAGCGUUGCGUGUGCACUGUUGUGACUUUUCGCCGCGUGCAGUGGGCUUGGUUGAAAAGCAUCCACAGUAUACACCAGAUCGUGUCAAUGCGUUUGUCUAUGAUCUCGUCCGCGAUCGCACUGACGGCGUACUGGCGUCCCACCUCGCACAGCGACCAUCGUGGCCGCCUGUGUCGACACUCUCGCUCAUCUUUGUCCUCUCUGCUAUUCCGCCGCACGAGCAUGAGGCAGUCCUACGCUCGCUCGUGCAAGCUCUGCCUGUCGGAGCCACUAUCGUAUUCCGCGACUAUGCACGAGCGGAUCUCGCACAGCUACGAUUUCAUACCCGCAAGGACGCGCAGUGGGCUGAGCCCAGCCUGCUAAGUGACUCGCACGAUUGGUACCGCCGUGGCGAUCAUACGAUGGCCUACUUCUUUGCGCGCGACGAGGUCGAGCAGCUCGUCCACCGUGUCGGCGGCCUGGCUGGCGACGUGGAGGAAGUCGUAAAGACCAAUACGAACCGCAAGACGGGCGCCGUGAUGGAGCGGCGCUUUAUUCAAGCGCGUCUUCGCCGUGUAGCCUAG